AUGGCGACUGCUAAUCCGUUCGAUUUGCUCGGUGAUGAUGAUGCGGAGGAGCCGACGCUGCUGAUUUCAGCUCAGCAGAUGAAGGCCGAGCCGAAGAAAUCGGCGGCUCCGUCGUCUAAGGUGGCGUCUGGGGGAGCUAAGGCCACUCAGGCUAAGCUCCCCACAAAGCCUCCUUCCCCGAUUCAGGCUGUCAAAGAGGCUAAGUCUGAAUCUGCACGAGGCGGUCGUGGUGGAGGGCGUGGUUAUGGCCGAAGCCGUGGCGGUGGUGAUGGGUCCUACAGGGACUCGAGCUACAAGGAAAAUUCAUAUGGAAACAGGGAAUUUUCUUAUGCUCAAGGUGCACCUGAGGCUGAUGGUGGAAGACCUUAUGAAAGGCGUGGUGGUUAUGGUGGACAUCGUGAGCCUUUCCGCGGUGGUCGCGGAGGUGGUUUAAGCAAUGGAGAAGCCAGAGAGGGAGACCGUGAACGUCGGAGACAAUACGACCGACAUAGUGGCACUGGCCAAGGAAAUGACUUUAAAAAAGAAGGAGCUGGUCGAGGGAACUGGGGAAAGGAGACUGAUGAAUUGGCUCAAGUGGCUGAGGAUGGUUCUGAAGCUGUGAAAAGUCUGAUCUCUGAGAAUCCAUCUGGGAAGGAGAAUGUUGUAGCUGAUGGAGAUCAGGAAGUUGCCAAAAAUGAGGUUGUAGAGGAGAAACCAGAGGAUAAGGAGAUGACACUUGAAGAGUAUGAGAAGGUUCUGGAGGAGAAAAGGAAGGCUCUUCAGGCUCUUAAAACCGAGUCUAGGAAAGUUGAUGCGAAAGAGUUCGAGUCAAUGCAACCACUUUCAAAUAAGAAGACAAAUGAUGACAUAUUCAUCAAAUUGGGCUCUGAUAACAAGGAUAAAAAGAAAGAGUUGACCGAGAGGGAAGAGAGAGCCAAAAAGUCUGUGAGCAUUAACGAGUUCUUGAAGCCUGCUGAGGGUGAAAGGUACAUCAAUGCCGGUGGUCGUGGCCGAGGCCGUGGCCGUGGGUUCAGAGGUGGUUAUGGUGGUAGUGGUGGUGGCGGCGAAACGAGCAAUGCCAGUGGGCUUUCAAUUGAAGAUCCUGGCCAGUUCCCGAGCCUUGGCAGCAAAUGA